AUGCCAAGAGCUAAAAUCAUCAUUAUUGGCCAAUCUACCGUUGGCAAAUCAUGCAUUGCUUUGCGUGCCAAAAAUGACGAAUUCAAUGAAAACAUAGCUCCAACAAUCGGUGCAGCUUCCUUGAACUUAACAAUGAAAAAUAACGCCGGACAAGACAUCGAAUUCAACAUAUGGGAUACAGCCGGACAAGAAAAGUAUAGGAGCCUUGUCCCAAUGUACUUUUCAGAGGCUGCUUGCGCUUUUUUGGUUUAUGAUAUCACCAACGAAGUUUCAUUCAAUGUUUUGAACGAAUUCGACUCACUCCUUGCACAGAAGGCUCCCCCGAAUAUCAUCAAACUCGUAAUCGGCAAUAAAAUAGAUUUAGCUGAAAAUCGCGAAGUCGACAAGAACAAAGCCGCAAACUAUACCAAAGAUAUUGGUGCAAUUAAGUACUUCGAGGUUUCUGCAAAGACUGGCGAAGGAAUCAAAGAUAUUUUUGAAUACCUUGCAAAUCUUCCUGAAUUGCCAAUUGAAAAGACAGAAGAAGACGACUUCGUAGAGCUCAAUAACAUGAGUACACAACCAAAGCAAAAGAAAUGCUGUUAA